AUGCCAGCGAACUGGUGCUGGUGGAUGUGUUGGGCCCUGUUCACUGAAAGGACGUAUCGGAUGUGGCUUUUGUGUAACAGAAAGUGGAAACAAAUUGAUGUUUGCGAAACACUAUACUUAGAAGCUAUAUUGCAGGCCGCGGAGCCCGACUACUCCGAGUUUCUCAAGUUGCCAUUGUCUGUCUACAUAAGACAUCCGUUGAGAUUUGUGGUAGCACACAAAUCUCACGGACAACAGCUAAGGACGGGAUGGACGACGAUCACACCGUCCAGCAUCGCGGACCGGGUUGACUCUCUGAAUAAUGUUGUUUUUGAGACUCACCUCUCGAAUAUGGCCAAGCAAGACUUCUCCAAAGAAACAUGCGAAGCAAUCGUCGCGGACAUUGCGAACAUCUCCAUCCGUCUCAAGUGGUACGAUCCAUCUCGAGAAGUAGAGUUUCAAGCUACGGAGAAAGAAAAGGAGACGGAGAAUGAGUUCCAGGACGAUUUUGGAGGUGGUGAGAUUGGCGACGAUGAGGACGAGGGCCAGGAGUAAAUGACUGAGACGACUUUUCUUUUCGGGGUUUCUUGCAUUUGUUUUCUUCAUUUUCAUCUUUCGGGACGACUAAGUGCCUAAGAUAAAGGAGGUCAUGGAUACCACUGCUUAAGUAGCGCAGCAACUACUCUGCUAUCUGACGCUACACCUCAUAUUAGGUCAGGUCACUUGCUACUCCACGGCCGAUCCCUCUCGAGAAGUGAUUGCAUUUUGCGACAAUUGGGACCAUAGCUGUUGGAUGUUCUCUUCAUUUGUUUUGUUGUCUUACUGUCUGUUUUCGCUCCUAUGUAUUUACUCUGAUUGAGAGGGCUUUGGCUUAACAUAAUUGCGUCGGAUGUUAAAUAGCACGGAAGCAUAGUCUGACCUGAACACCUUAAAUUGCCUGCUUGCUUCUAGUUCUAGGGGG